UGGAGGUGCGGGCUACACUUCCGGUCCGUGCUGUCUGGCCCCCCGAGGGAAAGCGAUUUGGGGGCCGCAGGUCUGGUCCGGUUCUGUCUCUGUAGUCGGGGCCCGGCGCGGAGGUGGUCCCAGGCUGCGCUCUCAAAGGAGAUGGAGAUGGCUGCGCUGGGAGCAGGACCCGAGUUAUCUACUGCGCCUACUCAAGUCAGCAAUUCCCUGAGCACCCGACCCAAACCUCUGUGUCAGGAGAUUCGGCUCCCCCUCCACGACCAUCCCCAUCAAGAUGCUCUUGACCAUCCUGUUCCUGCCCAUCUUCCUGAGUGGAGUCUUGGAGACCAGGCAGUAGUAGCAGAAGCUUUGCCAGCCAAGCUGCAGGCAUCUCUGAUGUUCAAGGAUGUGGCUGUGUACCUCACCCAGGAGGAGUGGGGCUGCCUUGGCCCUGCCCAGAGGGGCCUCUAUAGGGAUGUGAUGCUGGAGAAUUAUGGGAAUCUAGUCUCACUGGGAUUCUCAGUAUCUAAACCGGAUGUGAUUUCCCAGCUGGAAAAAGGGGAAGAGCCAUGGGUCCUGGACUCACAUGGAGGUGGAAGGAGAGAGAUCCUGAAAAGUGACUAUUUAGAUUGUGAGACCAAAAGUAAAAAAGAAUUGUCUCCAAAGCAUAAAAUAUUUGAAAAGACGGAAUUACAGGGAAUAAUACUGGGAAGAUUUAAGAGACCUGAAUUUGAAGAGUCCUAUAAAAUAGAGAAUCAAUUAGAAAAACAUUGGGAAAAACCUGUGAUGGGAGCUGUAAGGAAAUCCUUCUCUCUGGACAGAAAUUGCAAGCCAGUAACAGUGAUCUUGAAAACUUCUGCCAGAAUAAGAGGUCAGGAAUGUAAUGCGUUUGGAAGGCGCUCAUAUCUGACUUCAACACAUGUUAGACAUCAAAUGGUUCCCAGAGGUGAAAAAACCCAUCAAUGUGCAACUUGUGGCCAAACUUGCAAAAAGAAUUCAGAUCUUAUUAACCAUCAGAGUGUCCAUACAAGAGAGAAGGCUUGUAAACUUAAUAUGUAUGGAAAAAUGCUCAGUCAGAAUUCAAUUAGUAUUGAACAUCAGCGACUUCAUAACACACAGAAAUCCUAUGAGUGUAAUGAAUGUGGAAAAGCUUUCAGCCAGAACAGAACACUUAUCCAGCAUAAGAGAAUUCAUACCAGAGAGAAACCCUAUGAAUGUGAUGAAUGUGGAAAAACUUUUAGUUGCAAUUCUAUCCUUACUAAGCAUCAGAGGAUUCACACUGGUGAAAAACCCUACAAAUGUAAUGAAUGUGGAAAAGCCUUUAGUGCCCGUUCAUACUUUUUUCAACAUCAUAAAAUUCAUACUGGAGAAAAACCCUAUGAGUGUAAUGACUGUGGCAAGGCCUUUAGUACUAGAUCAUCCUUUAUUCAACAUGGUAAAAUUCAUACUGGAGAGAAACCUCAUGAAUGCCAUCAGUGUGGGAAAGCCUUUAGUCAUAGUUCUAAUCUUAUUCAUCAUCAGAGGAUUCAUACUGGAGAAAAACCCUAUCAAUGUAAAGAAUGUGAGAAAGCCUUCAGUAGGCACUCACAUCUUAUUCAGCAUCAGAGAAUUCACACUGGAGAAAAACCAUAUGAAUGUAAUGACUGUGGGAAAGCCUUCAGUGCACGCUUAUCCCUUAUUCAGCAUCAAAGAAUUCAUACUGGAGAGAAACCAUAUGAGUGUAAUGAAUGUGGAAAAACAUUCAGCUUAAACCGAACUCUGAUUGUGCACCAAAGGAUUCACACUGGAGAGAAACCCUAUGAGUGUAAUGAAUGUGGGAAGUCCUUCAGCCAACGCUCACAAGUUAUCCAACACAAGAGAAUUCACACUGGAGAGAAACCAUAUGUAUGUAGUGAAUGUGGAAAAUCCUUUAGUGCACGUCUAUCUCUUAUUCAACAUCAAAGAAUUCAUACUGGAGAGAAACCAUAUGAGUGUAAUGAAUGUAGAAAAACCUUUAGCCAGAAAGGUCACCUUAUUCAGCAUCAGAGAAUUCACACAGGAGAGAAACCCUAUGAGUGUAAUGAAUGUGGGAAAGCCUUUAGUCAGAGCUUUAAUCUUAUUCAUCAUCAGAGAACACAUAAUGGAGAGAAACCCUAUGAAUGUAAUGAAUGUGAUAAAGCAUUCAGUGUGCUUUCUUCCCUUGUUCAACAUCAGAGAGUACAUAAUGGAGAGAAACCCUAUGAAUGCAAUAAAUGUGGGAAAGCUUUUAGUCAGGGUUCACACCUUAUUCAACAUCAAAGAAGUCACACUGGAGAGAAACCCUAUGAGUGUAAUGAAUGUGGGAAAACCUUUGGCCAGAUUUCAACCCUUAUUAAACAUGAGAGAACACAUAAUGGUGAGAAACCUUAUGAGUGUAAUGAAUGUGGAAAGGCCUUCAGCCAAAGUGCACACCUUAUUCGACACAGGAGAAUUCACACUGGCGAAAAUCCCUAUGAGUGUAAUGACUGUGGAAAAGCCUUCAAUGUACGCUCAUCACUUAUCCAACACCAGAGAAUACACACGGGAGAGAAACCUUAUGAGUGUAAUGAAUGUGGAAAAGCCUUUAGUCAGCACUCACAGUUUAUUCAGCACCAGAGAAUUCACACUGGGGAGAAACCUUAUGUUUGUAAUGAAUGUGAUAAAUCCUUCAGUGCACGCUUAUCACUUAUCCAACACAAAAGAAUUCACACUGGAGAAAAACCCUAUGAAUGCAAUGAAUGUGGGAAAUCAUUCCGGCAAAGCUCUCAUCUUAUUCGACAUCAGAGGAUUCACAGUGGAGAGCGACCCUUUACAUGUGAUGAAUGUGGAAAAACCUUCAGCCAGAGAAUAACUCUUAUUAGUCAUGAAAAGAUUCACAACAGAGAAUAAUUUUAUGAAUGUAGCACACAUGAAGAAAUAUUUAGUAUGCACUCAUUUUAAAUUCAGCAUCACAAAAUUCACACUAGGAAAUCACAUUGUGAAUGUAAUUUGAGAAAAUUCUCUUUGCACUCACACAAAAUUUUGCAUUAUAAAGCUUACAGUGGAGAGCAAUACUGUGAAAAAACUCACUUCAUGACUUUUUCUACAAAUUUAGCACUCAAAUUUUUUUCACACCCUUCAAUAACUUAAUCAUAGAACUUGUGUACACUGCCACCUGGUGGCAAUGGGGUGUCUAAAUUAUGUAUUCUGAUUUCCAAGGUAUGUGCCUUCCCUGUGAUUCAAAAAGUGGCUUUUGGCUCAAGGCCUCACAAAUUUAACCAUAAAUUAAUCCAUCGCUUAUAGAAAUAGAGUCUAAUUAUGGAAACUGAAAAAUAUGCAACUUUAGAAAAUAGUAUUUAAAGAGAAUACAGCAAAUUUUAGGACAUUCUUUAAUACAAAUAUCUAUAUUCCAUUCAUUGUUAUAACUAAUUUCCCCUUCUUUUACCAUUGAACUUAUCUUUAAAGAAAAAGUACUGGACUUCUUUCACUCAAAUGUUUGUUGAAACCAACUUAAUUCUUUUUUGUUUAGUUCAGUUUGCUUAAAUAAUUCCAUAGAAUGUGAGAAUGUUUUGUGUAGAUUCAAGUUCUACCAGAAUUCAUAGCAGUUGGUGUACUUAUCAAAUCUGCAGGUAACAUUAGGUGAAAGAAUCAGAAUCCAGAAAGAUCCUAAUAACCCAAACUAUGAGUUAACUCUAAAGAUAAAAUUAAAUAGAGAUUAAUUAAAAACCCUGCAUCUGGGUUCAGAAAUUCAACUCUAUGAGCACAGGGUGAAUGAAAUCUUGCUUUAACAGCAGUUUAUGUAAAAAUACCUGAGUGUCUUAUUGCACUGUUGCUGCCAUUGUUGAUGUUUGUUCUUCAUUAUCAAAGAGGACCAUGACAUGCAAGUGAAUUAGAUUUGAGUGAGGGACAGCUGUCCAAGAUCACCAGUCUCACUGUCUCCUUUGAAUCCAGUGACCAGAUGUAGAUCAGGAAGACUGGAGAUGGCCCUGAGUGCAGAGAGAGACCUUUCAAUAUGAAUCACUAUUGUGUUACAGUUGCCAGAAAAAGCAAAUUUAAUCUUAAACUAUAUUAAUUUGGCAUUAUGGUCAGAAAAAAGAAUGAUGGUCCCUCUGUCUUCUGCCCAUCAUCAAACAACAUAUAGAAUAUAGUGUUCUUAAACUAUUUUAAAAAUUGCAUUAUGUAAGAAGAUAACCAUGUUAUCUGAGAAAUAAGGAAUCUUAGAUUUAGAACUAAAUCUAAGGUCACAUAGUUCAACACCCCCCCUCCCCAUUUCAUAUAGCUAGACAUAGGUCUACAAAUGGGAAAUUAUAUGUUCAGGUCACACGGGACAAAACUGGUGUUUGAACCCAAGUUAUCCUCUUUCCAGCCUUCUUUCGUCUAUACAACCUCUACCUGUGAACAGAGAAUGUUUAGGCUGGGGAAAAUAUAGGAUAUGAGAAGAAAAUAUUAUCACUGUCUUAAAAUAUUUGAAGAGCUGUCAUGUAAAAGAAAUUUAUUAUUCUUGGCCCUGGAAAGCAGAACUAAUAUCAGUAGUUGGAUGUUGUAGAGCAGAUGUCAGCACAAGGAGUAAUUUCCUUCCAAUUAGAAAAAAAUUCCCCCCCAAGAAGUAAUAGGCUCUCCAUACAAAAGCUGAAUAGCCACUUGGUACAGAUGUUAUAGAGGAGAUUUGUUUUUGAAUAUUGGUUGAUUCUGUGGAUAAUCUGAAAAGUUAGAUGAGAAAAUAUCUUAUUUCAUAUGUGGAGGUGGGAAGAGACAUGGGAACUUCUAUACACAGUCGACAUAAAGAUAGCAUGUUGCACAAACUGGCAUUAACACAUAGUUUUUAUAUUGGAAAUUGGUUCACUAUGUUUUGAGUAGCAAGUGGAAGAAAGAAAUUGUAACAACUGCAGCAUCCAUGCAACAAUAUAACAUGGUAGAAAGAGCACUGGGCUUAGAACUGGCAGAGCUAAAUUCAAAGCUUGACUCUCAUACUUCUUAUCUCUAUGAGGGAAAGUCACUUCACCUUCUGAUUUGUUUAUUCAUAUAUGAUACAUAGGUGUCACUUAUAUUGCAGGGUUAUAAGCAAAGUGCUUUAUGAACCAAAGGACUAUGAAAAUUAAAUUACACAUACACAUACAUUAGCACCUUAAAUGUAGAGGACCAAAGACUGGCCAACACUACAGUUUCUCUCAUUGAACAGGAUGCAAAUUUUACCAUGAGGGAUUCACCAAUCAUUCUGGUGAUUUAGCAUGAUACUCCUGAAACUACUGGUGAGGACAGUCCUCUCCCCCUACCCCCAUCCCCAGCACACUGAUAUUACUUUUUUUCACUCACUGCUAAAAGUACUCCUGUGUGGAAGUCCCCACUUAGGUUCCUCCUCUGCUACUACUUCCCCAGGUAUAUGUGGCCUUAAAUCCUAUGUGGUACUUCAGUUUUGUGUGUUAGCAUCCAGUAAGAUGAUGCAUAUAAUGUGUUUUGCAGACCUUAAAGGGCUACAUAAAUGUAAGCCACCAUUUUGCUGAUAAAGGGGCUGUUCAACAGGUUAUUUUCAUCUCUUCUGAAGCUAUAGGUAUCAAUAUUCUGAAGGUCUUAACAGUUAUCUUGGCAUAUCUAGCUUCAGUUCUAUUUUCUUGCAACUGUAUCCUUAAAGUAUUUGUCCUGGAGCUCAUAAUGACUUUAGGCAGUUGUCUUUUACUCAUUCAUUCUAGGCACAUCAACUUACAUCCAUUGUAUAGGUCAUAACUUAUAACAAUUACCACAUGUCACAUGCUUUUGGAAGAAAAAAAGCUUACAGCCCAAGAUGGAUGAAAGGAGGUAGAAAUGAAGGUAGUACUUAGGUAACAAGUUGUAAAAUAAGGAAGUGAUAAAUAAUUACCUAAUUCUGAGAUCAUUAGGACAUCUGAAAGCAACUCCAGGGAUUUUGAUGCCCUAACUCUUGGAAGCCCUAGAACAAAGGACAAAUCCCAAGAGGCACAGACAACACUGUUAAGAUUAAGAGGGAAGAUAAAAUAUUAUGAAUUCUGUGUAAGAUUCAGGUUAGAUUAAGUUGGGGAAAAAAGUUAAACGAAUAAGGAGAUAUGGUCAAAAAGGCACUAGAUUUGGAAUUAAAAUAUCAAAGUUAAGAUGCUAACUACCUAAUAAAAUAACUGGCAUGUAGCACUUUAGGGUUUGCAAAGUGUUUUAACAUCCAUUAGUUCUCAAAACCACCAUGUGAGCUAAGUAUUGUAGGCAUUAAUAACAUUCAAAUAGCAUUUAUAUAACACUUUAAGGAUUGCAAAGCAUUUUACACAAAUAUUUGAUCUUCACAACAACCUUG